AUCAGGUUGAAAGGACUGUGCUUUAUUCGAAAGGUGUGUUUUCUGCCUUUGUGCAAGGACUGGAAAAUAUCGCGUCUUAAGCGGGAUAACGCCUCACAGAAUUUUGACAAGCUAACGCGUGUGCAAGGGAAAACUCGCUGAAUAAACAAGUUCAAAAAUUGGUAAACCCCGAAGACUUUAUUUUCCUGGUGAAUCUUCAAAAUCAGUAGUACCCGAACCCGUGCGUCAGCCGAAACCGGAGUUAAGAACUAUACUAUUUUUGCUAGUCUGGGCGAGAUGGUCGAAUUCCCUUCAUGGAAUAUAUCACAGUACAGACAGACUGACUAUUUCAUCCUGACGAGUUCGGAGUACCGAGUAAGAAUACAAAAACUAAGCUCCGACGGCUCGACGCAGUCCUGCAUCGAGGAAGCAGAGUGGUAUAAAAGAUGUCGGGCAUGGGUAAACAUGACUUACCUCGGUAACGACAUGGCCGGUGUUAAGAUAAUUGUCGGGAACGAGUCAAUGGGUGGGGUAUUCAGGGUGUAUCUCUAUUGCACUGGUGGUUCCGGGACCUGCAGCUCGGAUCCGUUAAUGGAAGUUCACCUUGUCAUCAGAGAUAAAGCCUUCAAAACGAACGCGAGCGCAAGUGUUGUAGACCCCACACAGAAAACAAAGAACACUAGCGCUCAGCUGAAUAGAGGAAGAGAGGCGAAAUCAUCAGUCCCAUAUACACCCACUAUCCCGACUACCCAGGGCUUACAACUACCGGAAUCGAGGUCUAAGAAAAACAGGAAUGGAGGGUUGAGCCGUAAAACAGGAGUCUCUGCUCUUCUCCAAGCCGUCCUUCUGUUUGUGAUGGCGGUACUUAUUUAAUCUCGCUCGAAGAAUACCGAGACAUGAAAUCAUGUAUUUGACGUAGUGCGUCCUGAUUUGAAAGGAUCUUGAUAGAAAAAACUGUUUUCAUCUCUUCAUUAUGAUAUUUGACGUUACUUAAACUUGAAAGUUUCCAAAAGACACAGCAAUUUUAAAGGUAAAGAAAUUAUGAAAACUUAUUUUCUUAAGCUACUAUAAACGGUAUUUAAAAGGAAAAAUUUUGAGAAACAAUUAUGAUGUAAUUAACUAAUGUGAGAUUUCAAGCAUGAUGAUAAGCUUUGAAAAAAUUUUAGAAUUAGGAAUCAAGAAAUAGAUCUCUUUUUUGAAAUAAUUUUGUUAGUGCCGUCUCUCCUGCUAAGCUAGUUGAUGUCAUUUCAAGUGUAAAGUUAUUGAAUGAAACAGUAGUUGGCAAAAACGGAUUUCCACGACAUAUUUAGAUUAAUUAGCUGCUGUUACAAACUAGAAAUAUUAAAUCGGUUUAAACGCUUGUAAAGGAAUAAAAUUGUGAUAUGUUGACUCGAGGAGAAAGUUUAGACACGAUUUCAUAGAAAUUGUUUAAGUAAUAUUGUUAUCAGUGGGGCUUAUAGAAUUAAUUUCAUUCUGAAACAGUGCUUUUGCAGGAAUCUCAGAAGAAGAAUAAAUCGAGCAUAACUUGUGGAAUAAACUGAAAUGAGAAGCACAAAAUGACUGUCUCUUCCCACUGAAAGAAAGGCAAGCCGAAAAUAUAUUGGCUCAGAAACAAAUUCAGUUACAUUUGAGAGGAAAGCUCAUUCCUAAACGUAACUCUGACUCGAAAAAUGCACUUUUAAUAGGUGAAUUUCGUAUAGUCAAUUUUAAUUUCUUUUUGCUUUGUGACCGGUCAAGUCAAUACCUCAGCACUCACCACUGUCAAUUCAUAAACUCGUCAUAUGACAACAUUUUCUAAUUAAAUAACGUGGCAUUUCACUGGAUAAGUUUCAAAAAGUAGAUAAAUGUUUAGGUUUAGACACCGGCUGAGAUUGGGAAAGUCAAAGCAAAGGGUAUCAAAGGUCUAUUGUGCGUGAUAAGUCAUUAACAGAAGAAAUAGCAGUUAGUGAUAACGAUAUAGAGAAUAAUGCAUGGGCGCGCGUUUAUAGGAAUUUCUCUUCGAGCGUUUAACACGAUAG